AUGGCCUUGUAUGUUGCCAAUCUCAUCAGCUCCACCGCCAUCAUCUAUGUCGAGGACAACGUGGGAUGGGGAUUAGGGUUUGGGAUUUGCUUCAUUGCAAAUGCUAUUGGGAUACUGGUGUUUUUGUUGGGGAAGCGAUUUUACAGGCGAGUUAAACCAAUGGGUAGCCCCUUCAUGAGCAUAGCACGAGUUUUGGUUGCAUCGAUUCGGAAAAUGAAGACAUCAUUGGCAACUUCAAAAGACUCAGACUACUUUUAUGCAGAUGAGUUAAUUAGAGUCUAA